AUGCCGCGACUAUCACUGUCUUUCCUUUUAUUGAUUUCAUGCCGUGAGUGUCUUUCAAUUCCGUUCAGUAAACUAUGCGUUUUUUAUCAUUACCGGUAAAAUAUUAAUAAUUUUUAAAUUUACAGAAAUGAGCAAGUAUACUUCGAUCCCGCUCGACUUGGUUCUACCGGCUUGGUACGAAUUGGAGGUAAAGUUUGCCUCGACUUGUGUUUUUUAUUUUUUACUUCAGGCGAGUUCUCCGCUUAUAGAGUGUGGACUUUUCACGAAAUCCUUUCCCGAUGAAGAGGUGCAAGAUUUUCUGCAGCGUUCGAAGGAUAUCGCUGGAAGUUGCGCUCAUCAGGUGAUUUCACCUCAAUUUCAAAUGUAAUGAGAAUCAACUUUUUUCAAGACCUUCCGCAAUUUCCUGAGCGCCGUACUCUCUACUUUUCUCUCUAAGACAUCUAUCAACGGUCUGACUGGAUACGGAGGCAUGUUCCUUUUCAGUGAAACGCAAAUGCGUCGCUUUCUGAACUUGAGCGAUGAACAUUCGCGGUUAAGAAAAAAUGUGAAUAAUUUUAUUUAGAUCCUUUUUUUAAUAAUUAUUCUUAGGCACUUGAUCUCGGAGCUGGAAAUGGCGAUGUUACGUUGAAAUUGGGAGGACUGUUCGAAAAUCUCUACGCGACUGAAAUGUCGACGGUUUGUGUUUUAUGCACUUAUUGUUAAUGUAAAGACAUUUAUUUAGAGCAAUAAAGUUUUUUUCCAAUAACUUGUAAUUUUUUUAUAAAAAAAUGUUUUUCAUAAUAUUUUUUUAUGAUUGACCAAUCAUUUUGAAGGUUAUGCAGUGGCGUUUGAGACAAAAAGGGAUCACCCUUGUCGAUGCACUCAACUGGAGCCAAACUCCAAUCAAGUUCGACAUCAUUACCGCAUUCAACCUUAUCGAUCGGUGAUUUUAGAAAUAUUUUGAAUUUUCAAUUCAUUUUUUUAGGCAUUUCAACCCGAGUAUCCUUCUUGCACAGUUGCGCGCUCUGGCACUCAAGUCGCAAUGUUUGGUGGUCAUUUCUUUGGUUCUUCCUGCGUCGCAAUAUGUCGAGUUCAACCCCGUUCAGCGCUCUCAUAGACCUUGUGAGUUUCUCAGAUUUCCGAAGAAUUGAUAGUUUGACUUGAAGUUUAUGGUAGUUCAACACGGUCCACCUUAUUUUUCGAUUUUUGAGAUUCUUCCUUUCCUGGCGAUUUUUCCCAGUCCGAGUGCUUUUGACCAUGUGAACUUCAAUGGUUCAGAGCACAUUUAAAUAAUACCUGAAAGGUGGUAUGAAUAAAACGCCAGCGAAAUUUUAAACGGCGGCUUUUCCGAUUUUUUCAUAUCGCUAGGGAACUUUCCGACGGUCACCUUUCCGACGGAUCUCUUUCCGAUUUUUUUUCUCUUAUGUUUUUCGGUUUAUGAAACAUCUAUAAAUAUUUUUUCCUAUUUCUAUGUGUUCAAAUCAUGAACCAACUACCUACUUUAUGUAGGAAGGUUUAAAAGAUUUUAUCGAGAAAAAAAAGUCGGAAAAAGUUUCGUCGGAAAGUGGCCGUCGGAAAGUUCCCUAGCGAUAUGAAAAAAUCGGAAAAGUCGCCGUUUGAAUUUUCGCUGGUGUUUUUUUCAUACCAUCACCUGAAAUGACUAAAUUUUGGAGCAUAAUAAUCUAUUCAAAAAGGUUGACACUUCCUCCGAUCAAAAAAUGGAGAAAUUUUCCUAUUUCCUCUGCGAUAAAUGAAAAAAGUUUUUGCGAUAAAGUUUUCACUCUAGAAAGUUUAAUUUCAAUUUUAAAAACCUGCAAGAAAUAUAUCUAUUCUCUCACCAAUAAAUUCGCGGAUAUAAAUAUAAUUUUCAAUUAUUGCAGCUUAUUGGCUGAAGAUCACGGGCAGGACUUUCGAGGAACAAGCCCACUCUUUCAUGGUUCACGAGCUCCUUCCAGCUGGAUUUAAAAUAGUCCGCUUCACCAAAUUGCCGUAUCUGUGCGAAGGCGACAUGGGCGAGGUGGGUUAUAUAUUUUUUUCUGGAGGGACAUGGAAGUUUUUUUAAUAAAGCUUCUUUGUUUUUAAGGGUGAAAAUAUGUUCACGAAUUCACAAAAAAAUUUUUGUUUUUAUCUCGAUUUUUAUAUAGUUCUGUUUAAAAAAAUAUAUUUAAAAAAAGUUGUCACCCAAAAAUUUUUAUAAGAAGCGAGAAAUUUUUCAAAUUUGUACAUUUCAGCCUUACUAUCACCUUCACGACGCCGUGUUUCUUCUGGAACCUCAAGAAGGCGACUUUCCUCUGGCCAAUGCUUCUUAUCCUGUCGUCGACCGCAAAGAAUUGUGA